CGACUCCAAGAUGGCGCCCGGCGCAGUCGCCAGCAGCCAAGAUGUCGCCGCCGCGCCCGCGCGCUCGGCUCUCCGCCCCCUGCCUCCGUCCGACUAGGAGCGCGGCUUGCGUCUCCGUGCGCCGGUUGCCCUUCGGCCUGGGUGCUGGGCCCGGGAGACGGCGGUCCUUGAGCGCCAUGCGGCUCCUCGGCUGGUGGCAGGUCCUGCUGUGCGUGCUGGGGCCUCUCGCCCGCGGCCAGGACGUUGCAGAGGACAGUGGUCACCUGUGGUCAGAGGAGCAGCCCGCUCACCCACUGCCGUUGGGAGCUGUGUAUGGGAGUGAGGAGGAGGCCUCCCACCGCCCCGUGGGCCAGGACCUGUCGGCUGAAGAGGCUGAUGCAGUGCUGGCGCUGGACACAGAGGGGGACCCCAUGGUGAUGCUGUCUGUGAUUCCGGGGGAGGCUGAGGACAGACUGAGCUCGGAGGCCAGUGGUGGCACCUGUGGGGCUGACGGGGAGGAGGACUCAUGGUGCAGCCUCCAAGAGAGCUUCUACUCACUGGACAGCGUGGGGAGCAGCUUUCCCGAGAGGGAGGAGGAGUAUUACCCCGAACCUGAGGUGGCAGAGUCAGACCCCGUCCCAGCUGAGGACUUGAAUAACACCGAGAGUCUGAAGUCCCCAAAGGUGACCUGUGAAGAGAGAAAUGUGACAGGACUGGAAAAUUUCACUCUGAAAAUUUUAAACAUGUCCCAGGACCUUAUGGAUUUUCUAAACCCCAAUGGUAGUGACUGUACUCUAGUCCUGUUUUACACACCAUGGUGCCGAUUUUCUGCCAGUUUGGCCCCUCAUUUUAAUUCUCUGCCCCGGGCAUUUCCAGCUCUUCAUUUUUUGGCACUGGAUGCAUCUCAGCACAGCAGCCUUUCUACUAGGUUUGGCACUGUAGCCGUUCCUAAUAUCUUGUUGUUUCAAGGAGCUAAACCAAUGGCUAGAUUUAAUCACACAGACCGAACACUGGAAACACUGAAAAUCUUCAUUUUUAACCAGACAGGUAUAGAAGCCAAGAAAAAUGUGGUGGUCACACAAGCCGACCAGAUAGGCCCUCUUCCCAGUACCUUGAUAAAAAGUGUGGACUGGUUGCUCGUGUUUUCUUUAUUCUUCUUAAUUAGUUUUAUUAUGUAUGCUACCAUUCGAACUGAGAAUAUUCGGUGGCUAAUUCCAGGACAAGAGCAGGAACAUGUGGAGUAGUGAUGGACCAGAGGGAGCUGGCCGGAGGAACGUCAGUCCUUCACUACAGAAUGAUUGCCACAGCUCCAUACACCUGCUCCAUUGAGGGAAGGGAACUCCGCCCUUCUGUCGGAUCAUGCAUUUGUUAAGCUGUUGAACGUUGAAAACAUUACAAACUGGUGUUUUAACUGGUAUCGCAAUAAGAAAAUGCAGAAAUAUUCAUUAUAAUUUACUGUUCUUAUUUCACUACCUGAGCAUAAUCUAUUAUAUGUAAGGGAGUAAUAGUCCAAUUCAAAAUGUGAAGAUGUUUUCUGGUGGCAUAGUGACUAGAAUGAUAUGUUUCUAUAUAGAAGGCAGAGACAGGCCUUUCAGAUUAUAGUUCUAGGAAAUUCUUAACUCCUUAUCUCUAAGAAGAUUAACUUUCUGUUCAUUUGCAGUUUGUCAGAGUCCUUAGGAGGAAAUUGUUCUGUUAUGGAAGAAUAGCUAGAGUCAUAAGUAUGACUUCACAAGUAGCAAUUAAUGGGACCUAAAAGUCAAACACCGUGAUGUUAGGAUCUCUGAUUUUCUGGAAAGCAUUUAAAGUGGUGGACUAGAGAGAGUACAGGGAGGGGCGGGGGGUGGCAGGUGCUGGCCUUGCAUGUGGUCAACCCUGGUACAAUCCCUGGCACCACAUAAGGUUCCCCGUGCAAUGCCAAGAGUCAGCCCUAAGCAUAGCUGAUUGUGCCCCAAACACAAAAAAAAGGUUUGUGUAGUUAAGUAGUUUCUGGGUAAAGCAGAUGUAGGAGAAAGUAAAUAUAAUUAAAGUUUACAUAUUUAUAUGUAGUAUGUAAGAACAUAUAUAUAUUUUAUAUGUAGCAUAUAUAGUAGUUUAAAGUUAUUUAUUCUCAAUCUUUUAUUUACAUAUUAUUUGGGGAGGAAUGGUUUUGGCCACACUGCUUAGGGGCUAUACCUGGCUUUGUACUCAGAGGUCAUUUCUGGUUUUUUUGUGUUUUUUUUUGGUCAUCAACUUUGUCAUCAACUUUGGUUGUGCUGGGGAUAACAUAGGUGCUGGGAUUUGACUGUGGUCAGCAAGACAAGUAUGGUAACCCCUCUACUUUGUCUCUGCCCCCAUCAGGUCUCUUCUAAAGUGUCAUUUAAAUUUUAGUCAUAGUUACCUAUCCAAAUUGCAUUAAGCAAAUAUUAAAAAGUUCCUGCCGCU